CAACACAACUUAAUCACCAGUAGUGACUUUGAAUUUUGUGAUAAUUUCAAAAAUGGCCCCAGCUUACAAACUGACUUAUUUCGACGGCAGAGGCCUUGGUGAAACCUCCCGUUUCCUCAUGAAAUAUGGAGGAAUCGACUUUGAAGACUGCCGAAUCAAGCGAGAGGACUGGCCCCAAAUGAAACCAAAAUUUCCUUUCGGCCAAUUGCCAACAUUGGAACACAACGGAAAAAUAGUGAACCAAAGUCAAGCUAUUUCCCGAUAUUUAGCCAAACAAGUCAAACUUGCUGGUAAUGAUGAUUGGGAAAACCUAGAAAUUGACGCUAUUGUGGACACCAUCAACGAUUUGCGCUUGAAAGUGUCAGCUUAUUUCUACGAAAAAGACGAAGCAAAAAAGCAAACUAUUUUGGAAAAUGUCAACAAGGAGGUUUUGCCCUUCUAUUUGAAACGGUUUGAGGAAAUUGUCAAGAAGAAUAAAGGACAUUUCGCACUUGGAAGAUUGACCUGGGCUGAUUUUUACUGGGCGACAGUUUCUACAGGUUUGGAUAUGGUAACAAAAGUGGACACGAUUGCAAAUUAUCCAGAAUUGAAGGCAGUUAGAGACAAGGUUAAUUCGCUACCAGCUAUCAAAAAAUGGAUCGAACAACGACCCAAAACCGACUUUUAAUUAUCUAUUAUUCAAUAAAUUGUAAACACCA